UUCCCUACUAAUAAAGCACGGAGUGCUUCUGGUCGUCCGUCGUCGCUGGCGUUUUGCGAAAAAGCCCCUCGGUUUAUAAAAAAUCAACCCGCAGUCCCUGUUUUAGUAUGGGUCUCUAUAUAACGUUUCAUUUUGCAAAAAAACCCUGUACUCAUUUGAAUUUCACUCGCUGUCCUCCCGUCAUCUUAUCCAUUCCUCCUGCGGCAACGGCGGCGGCUACGCCCAUUCCGUCGUGCGCCGUCGACGGCCGUCGCCGGCGUGUGGCCACGGCGAAGGUGGUCGGCCCAGACGGCUCUUUGGUGCAGUUCGCGGCGCCCGUCAUGGCGGGCGAGGCGCUGGGGGACGCCGCCAGCGCGUCGAGCUUCCUGUGCAGCGCCGACGAGCUCCGCUUCGACGCGCCCGCCCGUGCGCUGGCGGCCGAGGAGGCGCUGCAGCCCGGGUGGCUCUACUUCGCGCUGCCCAUGUCCAUGCUCCGCCGGCUGCUCUCCGGGCAGGAGAUGGCCACCCUCGCCGUCAAGGCCAGCUCCGCGCUCGCCGUCGCCAGCGGUAAGGGGCGGAAGGCGGCUCCGGUGGCGCCUCGCGCGGGAGGAUGGAGCAUCGAGUUCGCCUUUGAGUACGCCGGAGGAACCGGCACCGAGUUCGCCUUUGAGUACGCCGGAGGAACCGGCACCGUGUUCGCCGGAAUUCUUGGUCCAGAGAAGCACUCUGAGUCCAACGGUGGCUACAACACAGUGUACUGA